AUGGCUUCGCGAUCACUGCAAAUCUUGGCUCGUCGGUCCUCUGUACAUUCCCUAGUGACCCGAUCCUUCCACGGAACGGCCUUGCAAAAAGGCGGCAUGAGUCCACCGCUGCCGCCCUUUGCCCGCAGCCCCGUCCCGACGUCAUCGCUCACGGAAAACACGGACGCUGUCUGGGACGAUGGGGUGGCUCCUGAACUGGCUCUAGAUUUUGACGCUCCCCACAUUAGUACAAAGGAGGCGAUUUGGACCUUGCUGGGAACCCUGUCGGUUUUUGUGGUGUUCUAUCAAGGCCUGAAAUUGACAAUCCAUGAUGAAAAUCCGGCAUUACCUCACCACACCGACUUGGUGAUACCAGACUAUAGCGAGGUUCACCAAAAGAAGUAAAACAGGCCUGAUUCU